AUGUCAAGUAUAAUAGCUGAGGCUACGGCCGAUAUGCUGACGACAUAUCACGAGCUCAACGGCGACAUAGAUGUCUUGUAUGAAGAGCCUAGUCCUCUCGAAUUCAUGAGAUACGUGGCCAAAAAUCGACCAUUAGUUGUGCGCCGAGGCUGUUCGAAAUGGCUUGCUGUGCGUACAUGGAAUGCUCAUUACCUUCAGGAUAUUAUGAAAGACAUUCCUGUUGGAGUAGCCAUCACACCUCACGGUAAUGCGGACUCGGUCCAGAAAAGGCCCGAGGACGGCUCGACAUACUUCGUAAAGCCUUUUGAAUUGGACGAACCGUUUUCUACCUUUCUCAGCUACUUACAAAGUUCAAACGCUCAGACGACGGUCGAGUUGGUCAAGUAUUCGCAAGCCCAAAAUGACAAUCUUCGCGGCGAAUACUCACAUCUGUACCGUGAUGUAGAAGCAGACAUUCGCUGGGCGUCAAUAGCCCUACAAAAGGAGCCCGACGCGAUCAAUCUGUGGAUAGGUAACAAGCAUAGCACCACAGCUUUGCACAGAGACAAUUAUGAAAACAUCUAUUGUCAAAUAGUUGGAUCAAAAGAUUUUGUGCUAUUGGCCCCAGUGGAGACGGCUUGCAUCAACGAGAAAUUUAUGCCAUCUGCCGCCUAUGCUGCAGACAUGUCCCUCGAUCCUGACGAUCCUCCUGCUCAAGUGCCCUGUGCUGUAUGGGAUCCAGACAAGCCAGAAGAAAAUGCAACCAGAUUCUCAUCUCUAAGCAAACCACUUCGCAUAAGGCUUGAUCCAGGCGAUAUGUUGUAUCUCCCUGCAUGCUGGUAUCAUAAGGUCUCACAGGAUAGCUCGGACGAGGGCAUAUGUUGCAGUGUCAAUUAUUGGUACGAUAUGGACUUCGAAGGCACAUUCUUUGCUUCGAAUUCUUUUCUUCGACAUAUGGCUUGGGCUUCAACAGAGCUCAAAAAAGCACCAUAA